AUGAGUCUGAACCCUGUGCAGGUGAUGGGUGGACAAGUCAAGGAGCUCAAAGAUGCCCCGUCUUCCAACGGCGACAGCAGAAGCUCAUGGGAACAGAAAGAAGAGUUGAACCAAGACAAGCUGGGACUUACCACCAAAGCAGAGCCAGUGACAGGGAGACGAGUCCGGAAGGUGGAGGGAGCCAUGUUCUUCCCAAAGCCAGAGAAUGCGGUGACAAUCGCUGUUUCCUCUCGGGUCUUAUUUCGAACAGAGAAGGAGCAGAAGGUGUUUGAACAGCAAGGCAUAGAGGAAUAUCUGAGGUACCAAAUCGAGCAUGAGAACGAACCUUUUGCUCCUGGACCUGCUUUCGCUUUUGUCAAGGCUUUGGAGGCUGUCAAUACUCAUCUGAGGGAACUGUACCCACAAAGCGAAGAACUGUUUGACAUUGUCUUGGUGACAUACAACCACGCAAAUGUAGGAAUCCGUCUCAUUAACACCAUCAACCAUCACAACUUGUUCAUUGAGAGGUUUUGUAUGACGGGGGGAAGCAGUCCUAUUGGUUACCUGAAGGCCUGGCAAACCAACCUCUACUUAUCUGCUGAUGCUGAAAAGGUCAGGGAGGCGCUGGCCGAAGGUAUUGCAGCGGCAACCAUGUUCAUGCCAGAGAAGAUGACAGCGGUGUCAGAGUCCCAACUGAGAGUGGCAUUUGAUGGCGAUGCUGUCCUUUUCUCUGAUGAGUCUGAACGCAUUUUCAAGACCCAGGGACUGGACAAAUUCUUUGAACAUGAGAGGGAAAAUGAGGACACACUACUGGAUCAUGGUCCCCUGAAGGGCUUCCUGGAGUCACUGGGGAAGCUCCAGAAAAAGUUUUAUGCCAAAGGCCAACGCAUGGACUGUCCUAUCCGCACCUACUUGGUCACAGCCCGAAGCGCAGCCAGCUCUGGGAUUCGAGCACUGAAGACACUCAGGGCCUGGGGGUUGGAGAUCGACGAGGCCCUGUUCCUGGCAGGCGCAGCAAAGGGCCCCAUGCUGGAGAAGAUCAGGCCGCAUAUCUAUUUUGAUGAUCAGAUGUUUCAUGUGGAGGGAGCGACAGAGAUGGGAACAAUUGCGGCCCAUGUUCCUUACGGUAUUGCACAGAAAUAUAACAGCAAGAAAAAGACUAGUGUGGGAAAAUAAACAACAGGACCUUGGAUGGUUCAGAAGAAAAAAUGGACUGAGAAAUACAAUAUAUUUCAAGGGGAGGAGUACGUUUUAUAAGCAUGGAGAGAUAUUUUAAGCAUUUAUUAUUUGGAAAUGCAUAAAGUUCAAGUAGAAGUCUGGUACCUAAGUUGGUUUAAAUGGGAAUGUCAUCAUUAAUUACUUAUUUUAAAGCCUUGGUCUACUUACUUUGGAGAGAUUUACCAAGUGAUAUGAUUGUUUGUCUCACUGCUUCUUAUCUUCAUGAAGAAGGCACUUUUUAAACCUGUCCGGCAAUGUGAAAGACCAUUGAUUGAUUAGCUCCAGUGUCCUGCUCAAUUGGGCCAUUACAAUGUAUGGUGUCAAAAGAAGCGCUAAAAGCACCGUACAAUUAGUUAGAAAUUUACUGUGGUCCACUCACCACUGAAAUUAUAAUUUAAUGUAGAAAAUUCAAGAUUUAAGGUACCAUGGAUGUUAGAACUAUACGAACUGGAGUUCAUAACAGUUUUUUAACAUGAAUUUCCUCUUAGCCUCAACUUUGUACGAUAGAUGAACUUGUUAAUAUAGCUUUUUCAAGCAUAAACGCUGCAACUUAAAUACCAGACUGCAACUUUAUUACACUCUGGUGCUUUGAGGAACAUUUCAAUGAUUUCAAUUUGUGAUGCAGUACCUAAUCUGCUCGACUGAUCUCAAAACAAAAUUAAAAUGAUCAUGGUGACUGCUACUGAUAGUAUUCUCUGAGGCAAGUAGAUGAACAAAUGAGCAUAAAAGGAUUCGAAGGACUUGCGAUCUUUGUUGGAUCCACAAGGGACAAGAAAAUAAGAAAAAGGAAUGUUAUUGAAGGUAUAAUCAGUCUAGGAGCACUAAAAAGGUUAGUACUAGUAGUAAUGAUUGCAUUGCUGUCCUUUUUAUUGCAGCAAAACAUACUUGUUCGCCUUUCUUCUAAUGGUGUUGUCAUGAACUGAAAUAUUUCAUGCUGCCUGCAAGUUUUGAGAUGUAGCUCUUAGAUUCUGUUGAAUUUCUAUGAGCAUUGCACGCUCUUAUAUUGGGCUACAUUUGCUUGGACAUCCAUUACUUGGAAGUUCAGCCACAACUGGUGAAUGAUUUAUCUGACUGCAGAAUGUUUAACUCCCUAUUUGUUUUGAAAAUGUUUUUAAACCCCUUCCAGAUUGGUGUACAAUAAGAAUCUCUUCUCUGAUAAACAAUUAUGUCCUUUCCUUUUGGUAUAAACCUGCAUUGAUAUACACUACACCUGUCUGCUCCAGACCAGUAAACUGGCAAAGCAUUUGCUUUUGUAGAGUGCUGUAGACCUCCUGCUGACCACUUCAUCGAUGAUGAGUAAUGAUUAGCACUUCUUGAUGAAGUGCAAGUUCGAGGGUAAGUGCAAGUAAUUCUCUAAACUCCUAUGGACCCAGUAAGAGGAGUACUUAUGUGUGGCGCUGUGUGUGUCCAUUUCUGAAGGAUGCAGCCACGUUGCCAUAGGCAAACAAGAACAUGCCCACAUACUGUAUGUCAAUCAAAGUUAGCUGUGGCUGCCAGCUCUUUCAGCUCUUUCCCUCUGCUUAAUAAUCAGAUGUCAGACGUUGAUGUUUUUUUUUAAAUCCCAGAUUUUUUCCCAUUUUUAUCACCCAGUGCUCCACCCAGUGAGCUAGCAUUGCUCACUCAUGUUUUUGUGAGGGUAGCUCACAUUAACUGCCCAGGGGAACACGGGGGAGAACAUGCAAACUCCACACAGAAAGGCCCUUUCACCAACCCCACCCAGGGUGUGGGUGCUGAAGUCAGGGGAGAACUUAACACACCCUCAGCACCCACAGUGUCCCUUACUCUACUGUAUCUACAAAAUAUACUGUUAAACAUUAAUGGCGAAAUCAGAAAUUACUGCUGUUUGGUCGACGCUGAGUGCUUUGGUAAGGUGGGUAACAUGACAAUUACAACUGAGGAAGUGAUGGUGGCUAGACUCUGGCUGAGCUAACUGUCAAUCAAUCAUAUUAGAAAUAAACAUAGCCUAAUGCUUUUUAUGAAUUCUUCUGGCUUGCUACAAAAAAAAUUUGUUGUCAUGGAUGUGAAAUCAAACGACUGAGACCAAGACAAUUUUUUAACCAGGGUGUAAAUAUUAUUUCUGCUCUAAAGUUGGAGAUUUUAAGAUGGAGGUCAGUUGCGAUUGACUCGCUUCUGCAGCCAGCCUCUAGUGGUCAGUCGGGGGAACUGCAACAAAUGUUAGUUCCACAUGAACCUCAACCCAGAAGUAAGAUCGCUUGGAGUUGAUCUAAGAUUCCAAAGGCAAACAGGCAAAAGUAAUAGAGGAAGAUAGAGGAAUGAAAAAUAAAGUUAUAACUUUGUUUUUGUUCAGCAAGCUGUAGUCUCAAUAGGUUUUUAUGUGAUUUGCGGUAAAGUUAUAAGGAGGGCACAUAUUUUUAAACUUCCUCACACGCCAUGUCCAGACUCAGUCCAUAUGGACCAGUAUAUCAUUUAUUAUUGCGCCACGAGGGCCUAAACACGAGAGACCAAAAGCUCAAAGUACAAGUACUCCAAACAUGUUUAUUGUUCUUUUAGACAGUUUUUGUCACAAAGAUGCAUGUCCAUGUGUUAAAUUCUCCUGAUAAGUAAGUCUUCUAUGGGACUUCUAUGAGUCCCGGAUG